AUGCAGAUGCAGAUGCAGAUGCAGAUGCAGAUGCAGAUGCAGAUGCAGAUGCAGAUGCAGAUGCAGAUGCAGAUGCAGAUGCAGAUGCAGAAAUGCAGAAGUAGAAAGGAAAAGCAGAUGCAGAUGCAGAUGCAGAUGCAGAUGCAGAUGCAGAUGCAGAUGCAGAUGCAGAUGCAGAUGCAGAUGCAGAUGCAGAUGCAGAGGACAGAAACAGGAGGAUCCAACGGAGGCUCAGAGCAGGGAUCAUGUUCGAGUGACGAGCAUGGUAAAGAUGAGUUUGAAACAUUUGAGGCAAUAGAAAACAUUGUCAAAGGCAACAUGCCUGUCAAGUUCAGUAAGACAGGUAUUCAACAGGAGUUUCGUGAGCUGCCGCUUGAGGUCGGGUAUGAGAAGGAGGGAUGUGUGAUCUUCAGAUUCGACACUGACAAAGACAACAUCUACUGCUUUCAAAAGAUUUACAAUGAGCUUGAGAGGUUGCGUCCGGACGGGUUCUCUUCCAAACAGAUGCUGUUGGAUUUCAUCUGGUCUUGUGUGUACAAUGACGAGCACAGCAAGUUCUAUCAGAUAUCGCUAGAGAGCUUCGAGGAUCUUGAUGUCAGAGAGCAUGACGAAGAUAUGGUGCUCGAUCUGACUGAGACCAUCAGGCCGCAUAUCCAUGCAACGUCUUCACACGAGGGGUCGCAGUUCGAGUUCAAACCAGCCAUUUCCUGGAUCGAUUUGAUGUGUAUGAUUGUCAAUCAGUCAUCCCUCGCCAACCUCUCGUCCCUCCUUCAACCUAAGUCUAUCUCCAAGCUGAUCGCUAUGUCCGGUUGCGCUCCUGACCUCUUGCCGGUCUACUGCAAGCGUCGGUCCGAUGCUCAUCCUCCAGAUAGCGUGAGCGUGAUCGUCAGGGUCGCUUACCUCUUGACCAUGUUAGGCUCCACUCCAGGGUUCUACGACGGGAGCAACAACACCAACGCACAAGUCAUAUUCAGCAUCAUGAAGCAGGCCAUCAUCAUCGACUGCUUGGGGCAGAUGUGUCAGGGCAACCUUGGCAGGGAUCGAGACAUCAUCUUGAGGCUUGUUUGCUGCACUGCCUUGAUGUUCCUGGACCUGGCUGGUGAUUACGCUACCAUCCUGACGCUAGUGAGCUAUGCUGUGCUUAUCAACCUCGAGGAAGAGAAAUACGACGAGUAUCCCGUGCUCUCCAUGCUCGAUGGCUCUACAAACUCGGGGUUUCUUAUCAGCAACGUCAAGGCUCCCGCUCAAGACUGGCUCCUGUAUGCCAACAAGGCCCAUGAGGGCGUGAUCAUGCCCAACGGGGAUGUGAUCUUCUUGUCCAACGGGUUGAAGCCAAACUUGACUGACUUUAAUCUUAAGUUGCUGGACUCGGACAACGAGACGCUUGCUGUGCUCUCCGUCAGUGACCUCAAAGGCAGGCUCAAAGAGCUCGUGCAGAGAAGCGCCAAAAUCAUAUUCGGCGGCAUCACAGCAGCAUCGUUGUUGUUGCUGAUAGAUGGAUUCUUCAUCGGAUGGCUCACCCGAGCUCCCAACAGUCAGGUCACCGCUAUCGUUGGCUUCAUUCUCUUCUUUCUCAUGUUCUGCGACGACUUGACUCAGAGGUUCGUGUCCUACACCAUGAACAAGUACUUCGUGCUGGUCAUCGUGACUGCUCUCGCGGUCGCUCAGAACACUGCUCUGAGCGACCAUGGUGUUUUGGACGACAGCACGCAAGCAGACACGAAGAAGUUGAUCUUUCCCAUUGCCAGCCUUAUUGUUCUCAUUGGUGCGGUGGCAUGGUGGGUCAAAGCAGGAAGUUUUUUCUCCAUUGAUAGGAGUUUGUUCAAGUCCAACAAGACUGGAAUCACCUUCUUCACACUGCGGAACAUUAUCAACCGCAAGAUCAACAGCCUCAGCGAGACUGAAUGUGCAGCCUUGUUGGAAGGCCUUGCUGGGCGAGCAGAUUCAGACCAGAAUUCCGCCGUAAAAUGCAACAAAUUUUCACAGAAGUAUUGGUGGUAUAAGGUGACUAUCAUUCUCAAUUCUAUUGAAGACGACGACAUUGAUCAAUUCGUGAAGAAGUAUCUUCACGAUGAGUGGCAGAUUGCAAAUGUCUUUGGCGACUUUGUUGUGCCUGUUGGACACUCAAGAAGUCCACAAACUGACAAUCAGAGGUUGGAAAUUUGA